AUGCCAGCAGGUCAAUUCAUCAAAGAUUUCCAAGCUUGGAGAAUAGAGCAGAUCAAAGCGACACCUGGAACAAAUGUUGCUUUAGAUAAGCUGACUCCUCAGAGUUUUAUGAAGCUCACUACUUUUACUAAAGAUGUCGAUGUAGUAAAGGAUAAGUCAGACGAGUAUCUAAUGUCAAUUCUGAACUACUAUCAGAGUCCAUUGGGUUUAAAGGCAAUGGGUAUCACAGAGAAAGUCGUUCCUCUGCCAGAAGUGUUGGACGCCGUGGAAGGUAACGAUCCAAAUUUGGCAAAGACCUUCUUCACACAAUAUUCCAAGUUGUUCUUACUCCAGAUGUUUUGCAACGAGAAGAAAGACACUCGUUUCCCUACAAAGAUCAGUGGUGAUGUAGUCGAAGAUGAAAUGAAGAAGCUUGGCGGAGACACCUAUUUGAGUGUGGUAACCAUGAAGCUCUACUUCCUAGCACUCAAGAAAUUAGUACCUGCAUUCCUACCGUACAUUUUGAAUGCUGACCAAUUCGUUCCAAAGCUAAAGACCUACCUCGAGGACCCAGAUUUUGUCAACAGUUUUGUUAGUGCUGGCUUCACAGAACAAAAGACUGAUGUUAACAAGAAUGAUCCUAUGGACACUCAGCAAUUGAAUGAUUUGAAAUCCAAGCUUGACAUGUUGGAUCCAACCUAUGGACUUUCAUCUAAUAUUCUCGGUUUGUUAUACAAUACCACUUUGGCUCAGUAUGCAUCACAAUCUGUGAAAGAAACACCACUCACCACUCAAAUCUAUCAAAAUACAGUUCAGUACUUUAUCACUGAGAUUGACAAGGCACCACAACAUGAAUUCUAUCAAACUGUUCAAAAUUUAAAGUCACUCUAUGCAGGCAAUCUUGUUACGUUGUAUCAAAAGAUGUCUCAAGCAUUUUUCUAUGUAGUAAUGGAAGAUGUUAGAAUAUUGGGUGGCAUCACAGAUAAGCAUAUGUAUACAGUUGACAGUGUGACAUAUCUCGAGAAAAUGGGCGUCGGUUCUGGUGGACCUCCAGCCUACAAGAAUCUACUCAACGAUAGAAACUUUUAUAGAAUGGCCAAUGGUUUGAUGCUUGGUUGUCAACUCUUUGCAAUCGGUUACGGUAUGAAGAACUAUGAGAAAUUGGAAACCUACCAAAAAGCUCUAUUUUGGACUUGUGGCGGAUUGACAAUUUUGGAUCUUGUCAAUGUGGUAUCUGACGCUGUCUCCAACUCCAAUAUUUUCAUUUUCAUUGGUAAAAAGAUAGCUACAUUUUGCGAAGAGAGUACAUCAAAACUUUCCAAACUACUCACUAAUAUGACCAAGUAUAUUGGUAAAGGAUUCCAAAAAAUUGCAAAGUUUGUUUCACCAGUACUGGUUCUUGUAUCUAUUGGAUUUUCUAUUUACGAUUGUGUACAAUCGGCCAAAGAAGGUGACUGGGCAACAUUUGGACUGUCAUUAUUGGAGGUUGCUGCUGGUGCUGCACUCUUUAUCAUUAAAGUGGCAGUCACCGCAAGUUGGGCUGGGCCCGCCGCACUGAUUAUUACGUCAGUUUUGGUUUGUCUAUCGAUAGCUAAGAUGUUGGUGCCAUUCAUCAAAGAGAUCAUAGAUGCAGUUAAAGAGAUUGAAGAAGGUACACCACAAUAUCAGUUUAUUGAAUCGGUAGAUGCAUGUUACAGAUACGAUGAAAACCAUUACUUUGCAUUGUUCUGGAAGACAAACUAUAAAUUCAGUUCAGCAGACGGAAAGAAACUACUUGAUGAUCUUAGAAAAAGAUUACCUGCCGAAGAUCAACAAAACCUCAAAGAAUAUGAAGCCUAUCAAAGUUGGAAACAAACUGCCGUUAAAUAA